UGGUUAAUGGGAGUGGGGGAAGCAAAGAUUUUUUCCGGUUGUUUUCGGAGGGUGUCGGUGGUGGCGCAACCACGUCGCCAUCUCAGCAGCCUAAGAUACAACUAACACUACAGACAAGCUUUCGUUUUAGAAAUCCCCAGAAUCAAGAACCAGAACAGACAAAACGACACGGCUCUGUCAUCUUCCUCGGCGCUAAACAAUCAAGAAUUCUCACUUUUACAGAGAGAUAUAUGCGUGUUUUGUGUGUAUUUCUGAAUUGAAUAGCGAGAUGAAGGGGGAGAUCGCCGGGGACGUUUCGAGAUUCUCGACGGCGGCGAUCAAGAUCGCCGCUUUCCUGUUCGUAGCCAUCGUUUCCUUCUACGCCGGAACUCACUGGUCAAAUGCCCAGCCACAGGAGCUACUCUUCUUCGGUUCCCGCCAAAACUCUUCUUCUCCCGGCGCCGGCGCCGUCGUCCUCUCCCGUAACCCCAUCAAUUCAUCGUCUGCAACAAAGGACACGGCUGCCGCCGACGACCAGCAGGAAGAAAAAGUUUCGGCUGCAAUUCCGCCGGCGACAGUCAAUUUGUUGCCUCCACCGCCGCCGCCGCCGCAGGCGGUGCUGAUGACCGGGGUGGUGGACGGUGACGGGGUUAUGACGGAUGACUUUACGGUGGGGAAGAUUGAAGCAGACUGGGUGGAUAAUUGGGAGGAAGAAGAUGAAAUUGAAGGUGAAAAGCUUGCGGUUAAGAAGUUUGAGCUGUGCCCUGGCAAUAUGAGUGAAUACAUACCUUGCUUAGACAACAUGGAGGCUGUAAAAACCCUAAAAUCCACAGAGAAAGGCGAAGAAUUCGAGCGCCAUUGCCCAGGCAAGGGCUUGAACUGCUUGGUUCCUGCACCCGAAGGCUACAAACCUCGGAUACCAUGGCCACAAAGUCGCGAUGAGGUUUGGUUCAGCAAUGUCCCCCAUGAACGCCUUGUUGAGGAUAAAGGAGGCCAGAAUUGGAUAACACGAGACAACGACAAGUUCAGGUUUCCAGGAGGUGGCACACAGUUCAUCCGUGGGGCAAAUGAGUACUUGGAUCAGAUUCAAAAGAUGGUGCCUGAAAUUGCAUUUGGUAAUCGUACCCGAGUUGUGUUGGAUGUUGGUUGUGGCGUGGCAAGCUUUGGUGCCUAUUUACUGUCACGAAACGUGCUCCCCCUCUCAAUUUCCCCAAAGGAUCAGCACGAAAACCAGAUCCAAUUUGCACUCGAACGGGGUGUUCCUGCAAUGGUGGCUACUUUUGCAACGAGGCGCUUGUUGUAUCCUAGUCAGGCCUUCGACUUAAUCCAUUGUUCAAGGUGCCAGAUAAACUGGACUCGCAAUGAUGGAAUAUUGCUUCUGGAGGCCAACCGGAUGCUUCGAGCAGGAGGGUAUUUUGUUUGGUCUGCACAGCCUGUUUAUAAGCACGAAGCAGCCCUGGGAGUGCAAUGGGAAGAGAUGGUUAAUCUCACCACGAGUAUUUGCUGGAAACUUGUGAAGAAAGAGGGCACCAUCGCAAUAUGGCAGAAGCCUUUAAACAACAGCUGCUAUUUAAGCCGCGAGGAAGGAAGCCAGCCGCCAUUGUGUGAUCCAAACGACGAUCCUGACAACAUCUGGUACGUUGAUUUGAAGGCUUGUAUCACACAGCUGCCCGAGGAAGGGUAUGCUGCGAAUGUGUCCACGGGGCCAGAACGCCUCCAUUAUCCUUCACACAGGCUGAAAACCGUACAUCUUGAUGCUCAGAUAUCGAGAGUGGAGCUAGUUAGGGCAGAGUCAAGAUACUGGAGGGAUAUAGUCGAGAGCUACAUUCGCAGACUGGGUUGGGACAAAUUCCAACUUCGAAACGUGAUGGACAUGAGAGCCGGUUUUGGAGGGUUUGCUGAAGCACUGAUUAACAAUAAGCUGGAGUGUUGGGUCCUGAAUGUUGUUCCCGUGAGUGGACCGAACACGUUGCCUGUUAUAUAUGAUCGCGGUCUCAUUGGAGUUAUGCACGACUGGUGUGAACCAUUUGACACCUAUCCAAGAACAUAUGACUUGCUGCAUGCUAAUGGCCUCUUCUCCAUUGAAAGGAAAAGAUGCAAUGUAUCGAGCAUCAUGGUUGAAAUGGAUCGCGUUUUGAGGCCCGGGGGGAAGGUAUAUGUUCGCGAUGUUGUUGGGGUUAUGGAUGAGCUUGAAGAGGUUGGGAAGGCUGUGGGGUGGGAAGUAUCAGUGGAAGAAACCUCUGAAGGUCCUCAUGCAAGUUAUAGGGUCUUCACAGCUGAGAAGAAACUCAAGUAGUGAACUAUGAAACCAAGAGAAAUCAAAUGAAUUUGUGGUUAGUUGGAAGCUAAGCAAACAACUAACUUGUGUGGAAGAUUUGUUAUGUUAUAGUUUUUGCAUGCAUACAUAAAUUGCAUUAUAUCAUUAAUUAUGUUGUUGUAAGAUGAAUGAUUGGAACUUGUUGUACUGUGAAAGAUUAUAUUAUUUGCAUGUUUGGAUGCAUAUAUUAAUUG